CCGGGAAUCUGUGGCUACUGUAGGAUUUCUCAGCGACAGGGCGACGAGAAGACGGUCAGGGGCCCUUACGGGUGGGAGCGUUUUUUGAAACUAACUUAAUGUGGGAGUGAAGGAGGCGCUUGGGGUGCUGUUGCAGCCCGAAGGCUUGGCACGUUCCCGUUCUUUCUCCAGCCACUCUGGUAAAUCACUGGUAACAGGGCAACAUUCAAAUUGAUCUCUUCCACUGUGAGUUCCUCUUGAUUGAACACCCUGGAAUCAGUCUAUAUAUCAUACCUGCAAUUUAUUUAGUGCUCUGAAUGGCUGUUGGAAAGGGAUGUACAGUCUGAUGGCCAAUUGCUGCAGCUGGCUAAAGCGGUGGCGAGAGCCUGUCAGGAAGGUGACAUUGAUCAUGGUGGGUCUUGAUAAUGCUGGGAAAACCGCAACAGUAAAAGGAAUCCAAGGAGAAUCCCCUGAAGAUGUGGCUCCAACGGUGGGCUUUUCUAAAAUUGACCUUAAACAAGGAUGGUUUGAAGUCACAAUUUUUGACUUAGGAGGUGGAAAACGUAUCCGGGGCAUCUGGAAGAAUUACUAUGCUGAAUCCUAUGGAGUAAUAUUUGUUGUGGAUUCAAGUGAUGUGGAAAGAAUGGAAGAGACAAAAGAAACAAUAUCAGAAGUUCUAAGACAUCCCAAGAUAUCAGGGAAACCUGUACUGGUAUUAGCAAAUAAACAAGACAAAGAAGGUGCCUUGGCAGAAGCAGAUGUGAUUGAAUAUUUAUCUCUUGAAAAGCUUGUCAAUGAGCACAAAUGCCUCUGUCAGAUUGAGCCUUGUUCCGCUAUUGUGGGCUAUGGAAGAAAAAUUGACAAAUCGAUAAAGAAAGGAUUACUUUGGCUAUUACACACUAUAGCUAAAGAUUUUGAUGCAUUACAUGAAAGAAUUCAGAAAGACAUCACAGAACAAAAAGCCAUUGAAGAACAAGAAAAACGAGAGCGAGCAGAACGAGUGAGGAAGAUAAGGAAAGAAAGAGAACAGAAGGAGAGAGAAGAAAGUAAACAAGAAGGAAGGAGCAUUUUGGAUGAAGUAGACUCUGAGCUAGUAAUUGGAAACCCGUUUCAGCCUAUAUCAACUGUAAUCACUGAGAAUGAAAAGAAAAUUGAAAAAGAGAAGAAGAGGCAAAGGGAAGAGAAUGAAAAGAUUGCUAUUGCCUUGAAAUCUAAAACAAAUCAGGAGAUAAUAGACAUUCAGAGUCUGAACAGUGAGCAAUUCAACGAACAGGGACUGAUAGAAAACUAUAAAUCUGCACUAACACAACAAUUGGAACACGAAGAUGAGAAUGACCAGCACAUCUCAGAAAGUCUUGACUCUGGUGAUAAUGCUACUUUGAAUUCAGGAACAGAAAACAGUAAAAAGAAAUCGAAGAAACUAAAAUUAAAAAGAAAUCACCGAGUUGAACCAGUCAGUACAGAAGAAAUUGUUUCCCCACUUCCUACACCAAUAGCAGCCCUUACGCCAAUUGGAUGGGAAACACCUAAAAUUAACAGAAUUCGAAAACUUGAGCCUCUUGGUGAAACUCAUCAUAAAGAUUUCUAUGGAAAGCCAUUGCCUCCACUUGCUGUACAUCAAAGACCUAACAGUGAUAUCCAUGAUGUCAUUUCUUAACUAGCAGUCAUGUUGCAGCUUUCAAGUGGAAUCUAAAAUACAUUACAUUAGACAUUGCUUUCUUUUUUGAAAAGAUACCUGCUAUUCUUACAAGUUGCUGGGCAAGGACAGCCAUGAUUACAUUGGGAUUCCUGGUAAGGAUGUUUCUUCUAAAUGUUAACAGCGCUGCUUCCUCAAUUUACCAGCUGCUCUUCAAAGCUGAUUUGCAGCAAGAAAACUCAUACAAGCAGAAUUCUUGGAAAAGAAAUGACAACAGGAUUUUUAUUUCCCUUGCUGGAAAUACUACUUUCAAGACCAAACUCAACUUGAUUAUGCAUACAUAUGCUUUUUUUUUUUCCAGUUUGGCUAAAUACUUUUGUAUAUUCAAUGCUUCAAGAGGUUUUUUUUUUAACUAUAUGCAUGUUCAAAUGGAAAAUAUGAACUGUACAUUUAAACAAUUUGAUAUAUUUUUCUAGUAUUUUAUUUGUUUUUAACAAACUAUUUGGUCAACAGAACUAUUUUGAAAUACUAAAAUGCAUACCUAUAUUCAUAAGUAUCUACUGCAUUUUUGGAAAAGCAAUAUACUUGUGUGUGAUUUGCUUCACAAUUUGCCUAGUUGUUAAUUAUGUUGUUUUGUCUUAUUCUUGGUCUGCCUGGAAGAAAUGUGUGAUGAAAGGAAACUGUAUUCAUGUUUCCCUUAAUGGGAAACAAAACAUUUCAGGAGUUAGUUCUGACAAUUAAUUUUGUGUUCUUGGAGCUAGAAGGAAGGGGGGAAUAAAUUCAGCCAACCUCUUUUUGACUUUCCAAUAGAUACUAAUAAAUAUAUUUCAAUUAUAGGUUUUGAUAUUUAUGGCCACAGCUAUUGCAGUAAUCAUUUCAUCUUGGGAAACAUAUAAAUACUAGGGCUGUGCAUCACUUUGGAGUCAGCAGAAGUACAAAUGUAGCAUCUAAUUAUACCUCUUUAUACCAAAUAUAACAAAUGUGUCUUUUCCUAGGCUUAUAUGGCAGGCAUAGCUGUUUUAAAGAGUUCCAAACAGGUACAGAGUUCAUGCUCCUGCACAAUCCAAGGCACCUUUUUGGCUUUGAAUCCAAAUUGCCCCAUAGCCUUUAUGUCACCCAUGCAAAUACAUUUCCCCAUUAGGUUGGGGUUCCUUGUGUGUUGGAAUUGGAAUAAAUGGAAUUGUUUGUAUCAAAAAUUAUGGUAUCUUUCCCCCUUGAAGACUUUUCAUUGCUUCAAUUCUUAGUAAAUGCAAAUAAUAUUAUUCCAGGAAUGAACAUUUCUGGGAAUAUGUAAAUUAGUGCAUAUGUGUUUUUAAAAACAUUACAAUCCAAUUUUUUACUUACUUGUUCUCAGUUGGGUAUAAUAGAUAAAUGAUCAGAAUUCUCAUAUGAUCAGAGGUUUCUCUAUAUGCUCAGAUAGUGAGAGCAGAUGAAUGGCUUACAAACUUCAUAAAGACUCUUAGUACUAAAGUGAACAGGAAAGUGUGUGAAUAUAGUGAGGUUUGAGGUAUAUGCCACAGCCUUCUGGAACUUUGGAAAUUCUUCUAGCAAUAUGUUAUUCAAAAGCAUCUAUUUCUUUGCAAUCUAAAUUAAUGUUUGAAUUCUAUUUGAUAUUAGUAAUGUCUAUGUUAUGAAACUGGUCAAAUUGAAUCCUUUCAUACAUGAUCUGUGUCUGUCCUAAACUCACGUAAAAAUAGUCUUACAAACACAAUCAGUUGCAUACAUAAAAGCUGAAUGAGCUUGCUUUUUUAAGACUACUUUCUGUCUGAUUCAAAAAAUGGUGCAUAAUUGAUGGUGCAUAUAGUUCCAAAAUGUUCCUGAAUUUUUAGAGUAUAUACAAAUGGAAGAUUGUUUUUCAUUUUCCCUCGGAAAUUAAAUGUCCUUUCCUUUUAGUUAACAGUGAAAAUUGUUAAGGUCUGCCCUACUUUCUUGAAGCUCAAAAACAUUUUUCUCUUUCUCAAGGCCAUCCUUCUUACCUGUGCUGUAUUUUUCCCUGCCUUCAGUCCUCAAAAUCUGUUUCAGAUAGAUUUUCUAUCUGGAGAAGAUUUUGAGGGCAAUUCAAGGAUAGAAAGAAUUAUUUACUUCCUGUUUUAUCAAUGGAAAUAGAUUCAAUAAUGAAGCAUAUUAAUGGGAUUUUUUGUUGUUGUUAUAAGAUGCAUUGGUACUAUUAGGAAUGUAUUUUUAACAUGUUGACUUUCCUUGUGUUUAUUAUGGCUUUUUAUUUAUUGAAUAGUUCAUUUCAUGUUUUUUAUGUAUGAAAUAAAGAUACAUAGAAAUGUGACUUAAUAUUU